AUGCACCUCCCAAUCCUCCUCCGCGACCUCCUCCCCCUCCCGCAGGGCUCCAACGCCUCCGACACGAUCCUCGGCGGCGUCCACUUCAACCGCACCGUCCUCGACUUCUGGAACUACACCCUCUACACCAACGGCACCAUCUCCAACGGCUCCAACUGCUUCCUCACCGAGCAGCCCUACACCCCCGUCUCCCUCCUCCCCAACGGCUCCUUCGUCAACUCGACCUGGUGCUACGACCCCGUCCGCUCCAUCGGGCCCCGCGCGAAAGCCGGCGUCGGCUUCGGCGUCGUCUACGCCCUCGCCUUCAUGCUCGUCCUCGCCUGCCUCAAGAAGCACGGCCGCCAGUACCUGCCCACCACCAAGCGCUUCUACCCCGUCGGCAAGCGCUGGCAGUGGUACUACGCCAUCCUGGUCUGCGUCGCUGCCUUCGUGAGCCUGUUCACCACCAUCGACGUCGACCGCUUCUGGGUCGUCGGCCUUCCCAUCAUCAUCAACAGCUUCUUCUGGUACCUGAUGCAGCAGUUCACAAUGGCCCUCGUCUGGGAAGCCGUCCGCCAUUGGGGCAGCUGGAGCGAGCGCCAGUACAUCGACCCGGAUCCGUUCAUCCUGCGCGAGGGCGACAGGCGCGACAAGUUCGAGUUCUGGUUGCCGUUGUGGUAUUACCUGUGGUUGUGGCUGAACUUCUUCCUCAUCAUCCCCCGCAACUGGGGCGAGAUCGAGAAGCAGCGCUCGCCCGACCAGACCGCCGCCCGCGCCGAACCCAACGCGACCGACGUCCGCUUCAAAGUCGCAACCUUCUGCCUCGUCAUCUGCUGGCUGACCAUCGUCGCCUCCCUCCGCCACUCCAUCCUGCACUACUACCCCCGCAACCGCGGCCUCCUCAACAAGGCGCGCGGCUUCGUCCGCUACACCCCCUGGCGCUUCGUCUUCAUCAUCCCGCUCGCCGCCUGCCUCAUCGCCUACCAGGGCCUCGUCUCCUUCCGCUGGGACUACUCCGUCCUCAACACCCAGGCGAACCUCGGCGCCGUCUACGCCGGCGGCUUCGGCCCGGCGCUGCUCAUCCUCUACAUCCAGAUCAUCUACGGCUUCACCUCCCCCAACGAGGACAAGGAGCUCAUCCGCCAGCGCCGCGUGCGCGAGGCCGAGAUCGACCACGAGAUGGGCAUCGUGGCGAAGCCCAAGUGGUGGAAACGAAUCACCCGCGACGACCAUCUCGUCGACAAGAUGUCCAUGCGCGAGCGCAUCGCGCGCAACGUCCGCGAGGUAGGUGGCGGCGGCGCGACGGCGCGCGGCGUGCAGCAGAACUUCGACGCGCAGGAGGCGGACCGGCAGCAGACGGAGCGGGACUUCGAGAUGGGCGACGUCGGCGGCAGCUCCAACACGACCCCGGUACGGCCGGGCUUCGACGCCGCCAACUCCGCCACGUUUUCUACGUACACCGGCAAGUCGGACCGUCGCCGGCAGGAAAGAACCACCAACGCCGCGGCGGAGCUCCUCUUCCCCAACUCGAGGCCGAAUCGUCCGGAUCGCUCCGCCGAUCUGAUGCAAGACGGCCCCCCGCCGCCGUCGUACACCGACGCGCGGCCGCGGAGUAGGAACUCCGACAACGUCUCGCUGGACUCCACGGUCCCCGGAGAGCUGAGCCACAGCGCUAGCACCGCCGUGUCGGUGUCCGGGCAGCAGCAGCAACAUGUGAGGAGCAUGCUGGACGUGUAG